AAUACUGUACUUAGAUCCCUUAUAUGGGAUGCAGUCUGUGCUGCUGCGCUGACCUUUCACGAAAUAUUUUGACACUUUAUGAGUGAUGGAUGACAUCUAUGCCAAUGUUGAAUAUGACAAGCCUGUUAACCCAAGACUUUCGACAAAUCAGACAGGUCCCAGGAGCUCCGGGAGGAGAUUUCAUGGAGCUGUUCUGUGUCUGGGGCUGCUGAGUGUUUUCCUGCUGGCUGGGAUCAUCGGCCUCAGUGUCCACUACCAUGGGACAUUACGUGGAUCAGCUGCAGAGCUCUCCACUAUCAAGACCAACCUGACUGAGCGUCUCCAGGCCAGUGAGAACAAGUCUUCUUCCCUCACUGAAGAGAGAGACCGGCUGAACUCCAGGCUCACUGAAAUGGCUGAAGAGUUGGACAGGCUUCAACAGAAGCUCUCCACUAUCAAGACCAACCUGACUGAGCGUCUCCAGGCCAGUGAGAACAAGUCUUCUUCCCUCACUGAAGAGAGAGACCGGCUGAACUCCAGGCUCACUGUAAUGGCUGAAGAGUUGGACAGGCUUCAACAGAAGAAACCGUGUCCAGCUGAAUGGAGGACGUUCUGUUCUUCCUGUUAUCUCCUCUCUGCAGAGUCUGGUUCCUGGGAGAAAGGCAGACAAGACUGCAGAGACAGAGGAGCAGAUCUGGUGGUGAUAGACAGCUCUGAAGAGCAGACGUUUCUCUUCAAAUUCGUCAAAAAAGAUACUUGGUUUGGUUUGACUGACAAAGAUCAGGAGGGGACCUGGAAAUGGGUAGAUGGAACUCCACUGACUCUGAAGAACUGGGAGAAAGGGCAGCCUGAUAAUGGUGGUGGAAAUCCAAAGUGGGGCGAAGAGGACUGUGCACAUUUUGUCGCCACUGAGUGGAAUGACCGGUCAUGUGUAUCUCCUAUGAACUGGAUCUGUGAGAAAAAAGCUUGACUUUGACAUAUGUUUUGAAAACAUACAUUUGAUAAUGCUUCAUACAGUGUAAGCCAUAAUCUCCAUCAUGAUGAGAUAAUGUGCAUGUGUGCUUGUGUGUCCAUAACAGGGUAUCAGUUAUGACAAAAUACUAGGACUAAUAUGUAUGUAUAAAAUGCCUGAUUAAUCUUUAUAUAAUAUAAACUGCAAUGUAACCAUCUCCUCUUCAGUCUAGUGUGUCUCACCCGGGCGUCCAUGGGGACUGUUGUUAAUAAAUAAUCCUUUAAAAUCAG